GGCAAUCAUUCAAAAUAUUCGGUGCAUCAUCUAAACAUGUUUAGCUUAUGGAAGCUAUUUGAUGAAUCGAUUUAAUGAAAAAUAGAAGCAGUACAUCAGGGGAUGAAAUAGAACAAGAACUUUCAUGUUGCACAAGUUCGAAGAAGAGCGGUUUUACAUAUGUCCGAAUUAAUACCCCUUCGCAGCUAAAAGAUGAGUAUGAAAUUGGUCCAGUCCUGGGUGAAGGUACAUUUGGAAUUGUUUAUCAUGCUUUGAGAAAAACUGAUGGUAUGAAAUGUGCAAUUAAGAAAAUUUCACGCAUAAGCUCUUUCUCUGCAAGUGAACGUGCUCGUUUAGAUCGUGAAAUAUCUAUAUUAAGAUAUGUUAAACAUCCUGGAAUUAUAAAACUCUUGUCUGUUGCUGAAUCACCAAAAAUUAUAUUCCUCAUUACUGAAUUAUGUGAAGGCAAUUCAUUAGAUCAUUGUAUGAAACAAUUACCAGAAAAUACUGGACUACAAGAAUAUAUUGUAGUAGCUAUUGUAAAGCAAAUAGCUUCAGCUUUAUCUUAUUUGCAUAAUCGAGGUAUUGUACAUAGAGAUUUAAAACCUGGAAAUAUUAUGUUAUUAAACAAAGUAGAGUUAGAUUUCCGUACUAUACCUCCGGUGAACUUUAAGUCAAAUUUUAAAUAUUCAUUGGACAGUAGAAUAAUUUCUUUCGAUUCUCUUAUUAAACAUCAAAAACCUGAGAAUGAACACAUUGAACUGCAUAACGACUCGUGUUCCAAUCACAGUGAUACACGGUCAGAAAUAACAACGACGACAACAAUAACGACUGAAACAAUAUGCUCAUCUGUAUUUACUCGAAAUAAAUCAGUGAAUUCAAGCACAAAACCAUUACCUGUUUGCUCUAGACAUGAUUCUGCAUUUUUAGAAUGUAAUACAAAAACAAAUAAUAAUUCAAACAUCCAACCUAGAAUCCAAUCAUUUCAACUUGAUGAUAAUUAUUGUAUAAAUGUUGAAGAUAAAUAUCCACCUAAAGAAUUACAAACAAAAUUAAUUGAUUUCGGCUUAGCCAUAGAAGUACGCAAAAAUGAAGAAGUAUUAGCUAAUCCAUGUGGUACACUAUUGUACAUGGCACCGGAAGUUUUGAAUGGACGAUCAUAUACACGUCAAUGUGAUUUGUGGAGUUUAGGUGUCAUUAUAUUUAUAUUGUUAACAAAUCAAACACCAUUUAAUUCACAAAAUGAAAAACAGUUAAUCAAUGAAUUAAAUCAAUCUAAUAUACAAAAGAUAAUAGAAAAACUAGGCAAUUAUAUAACAUCAUUAUGUAAAGAAUGUUUAAUACGCUUAUUAACUGUUGAUCCAGCUUAUCGUUUAACCGCUAAUCAACUUCUAAUUGAUCCAUGGUUAUCAUUUUAUCCAGUGUAUAAUUCAAAUGAAGUAGUGAAUAAUAAUUUGCAUGCAUCUAAAAAGGAAAAGCAAUAUGAACAAGUGAAUUUAUCAACAAUACAUUCAUUUAACAAUAUAUCUGGAAAUUCUAUCACACUAUCUUCUUGUAGUAGUAGCAGUAAUAGUAGUAUUAGUAAUAGUAAUAAAUGUAUUUCUAGACCAUCAUCAUUUUCUCGAUUCAAGACAACUGAUACAUAUUCUACAACGAAUGUACUUGACUUAAUGAAACAAUAUCAUAAAGAAUUAAAUAACUGUAAACAAGAUGUUGAGAAGGUGAAUCAAUGAGGAUGUCUAUAAUUCACAUCAUAAAUGUCAAUUGAUCAAUAAAAUGUAAUGAUUAUUAUUAUUCGUCUAUUUGAAUAUUUUUUUACAAAAUCGAUCAAAUGUAAAUGACUUGUAAUGUAAAACUUCCAUUUAACUGAUUGAGUCUUAUUUGUUGUAACUUUUCAAUUUACUUUUAGAUUUAUCAAGAACUAAUUUGUAUAUAUGUUUCGUUUCAUCAUCAUGAAGAAAAUUUCAAUGGUCUCUUUCCCAUUUUUUUUUUGUUUAAUUAUUGAUUUAUAAAUUUCAAUGACACAAGAAUGACAAUUGUAGUAGAAUAUAAAUAAUAAUUUAUUCAUUUCAGAACUACUCUUCAGUUGCUUACAGCUUAAAUACAAUCAUAUUCAUUAUAUGGAAAAAUGUAUAUGUACAAUUAUUAUGUCAGGUUUACAGAGAAGCAUUAACCGAAUUCCAUAAUAAUAAAAUAUAAUCAGAAGGGGUUUUGUGGAGAUUUUAGAAAUUUCACUGGUUGAAAUCAUGAGUCAAUUAAAACUAGACCACCAUAGAAAACCUGGACUCAUGAUUUCAACCAGUGAAAUUUCUAAAAUUUCCACAAAACUGUGGUGUUUGAAUGAACUAAUGACUCCUUUGUACUUGUUGAAUGUUUGA